AUGCCCUUUGUUCCUGGGUCUGACACAGAUAUGCUUGACGCGCCUAAUGGUACGUCUGCGGCUCAUAUCGAAAACCCACCUACCUUUCCGAUCUGUGUGAACGGGCAUACAGACGUUACUUUCACCGGCCCCUACAACCCAUCUCGAAGCGAGCAUGCUUCGCCCGUGGCUGAUCAGACGUCUGCAAUAACGCUGAGACUUUCGGGCGACGUGUCUGCAUCGAGGGAGGAUUCGACAGAAAAGGACCGUCAAAUGUCGCCCAAUAAGGCACUUCCAAUAUCAAGUCUCAAAACGGGACUAUGUUACGACACACGUAUGAUGUAUCAUGAACAAAUCAAUGAGGAAGAUCAUCCAGAGCAGCCCAAACGGAUAUUCUCUAUAUAUAGUGCUCUGGUAGGUGCUGGCUUUGUUGAAGAUGGAAGUCUCGCGGGGGCCUUUAAGGAUGGGAUCAUGAAGCGGGUAGACGCAAGAGAGGUAACAGAAAAAGAAGCUCUGUUGGCGCACUCUAAGGAUCACUGGGACUACAUCUCUAGCACCUCUGCGAUGGAUCCUAUUGACCUGAGAGAGGCAUGGCAAGAAGGGGACUCUGUCUACUUCUGUCCGGAUAGUUUCUCUAGCGCAAAGCUCUCUUGCGGAGGUGUAAUCGAAUGCGCAAAAGCAGUCGUUGAGAGCCAGGUAAAGAAUGCAAUUGCUGUUGUGCGGCCGCCGGGCCACCACGCAGAGUUUCACAAGCCAAUGGGGUUUUGUCUGUUUAAUAAUGUCUGCGUUGCUGCUCAAGUGAUGCUAAAGAAAUACCCGGAAACAAUUCGUAAGGUAUUGAUAUUGGAUUGGGAUGUACACCAUGGAAACGGAACCCAGGCCAUCUUUUAUGACAAUCCUCAUGUACUCUACAUGUCGAUACAUAGAUUUGAUGGUGGGAAAUUCUAUCCCGAGGGCCAACAUGGGAAUUAUGACAAGUGUGGGGUGGACGAAGGCGUUGGGAUGAAUGUAAACGUUCCUUGGAACAAUGUUGAUGGUGGCAUGGGUGACGGCGACUAUAUGUACGCGUUUCAGCGUGUUAUCAUGCCUAUUGCACUAGAGUUCAACCCCGACUUGGUUCUCAUUUCUGCUGGGUUCGAUGCCGCGGUAGGUGAUGAAUUAGGAAAAUGCAUGGUGACUCCAGCUGGCUAUGCGCACAUGACACAUAUGUUGAUGAGACUCGCAAACGGAAAGGUUGUUGUUUGUUUGGAGGGAGGUUAUAACCUGGAUUCUAUAUCCCACUCAGCCCUGGCAGUGACAAAGGUGCUACUUGGAGAGCCACCCGGGAGACUUCAUGAUGGGGACAAAGUCAGACCAUCAGCCUCAAGGGAUGUCGAAAAAUGUGUUAUACAGCAGUCCCGAUACUGGCGCUGCAUGAGACUUACAGAGUCAGACCCCAUGGAGAAAACAAAUUCCUAUCGGUUGCACGAUGUCAUCAGAUCUCAUCAGGCAAAGGUAUUGUGGGAGAAACACAGAAUGUCGGAUUUGAAAAUAUUUCGAGACACCAUUUCUGUGUCCUUUGAAAACCAAGUUCUUGCGACAACAAAUUCUUAUAAAGCUGAGACGUUAGUCCUGCUUGUACAUGACCCACCGUCGGAAGAUGUAGGUAACAUGUACAUCGAUUGGGCCGUGCAGAGAGGAUAUGCUGUCAUGGACGUAAAUAUACCACAGGCAUUGACCACCAAAGAGGGCACAUUGGCCGAACAGCAUGAAUACGAAGUAAUGAGGCAAACGGAAGAAAUCUGCAUGUACCUUUGGGAUAAUUACAUUGAGAUUUCUGACGCCAAAAACAUAAUACUUCUGGGCGUUGGAGAUGCCUUUGUUGGGAUAUUAUAUCUCCUAGCUAACCGGGAGUGCCGUGAACGCGUCAAGGGAGUUAUUGGUAUAGUUGGUGACGAGAACGGCCUCAGGGCCUGUAAGCCUGGAAUCCACGGCGACAUACUCAUCGACUGGUACUUCAAUAAUUCCUUGAUCUUUUGCACCCAAGAGCAUAACGUUUGGGGGGUAAGACGAGGAAAGAAGAAACAUGGCACCAUCCGCAAAUCACCUGCGACCAACCUUCAGGAUGUACUGCGCGAAGCAUACGACGAAAUGACCCACUGGCUCACGGAUAGGCUUCCCCCACCCCCGCCCCCCGGCGUCAUACGAAGGCCUAGCAAUUCCUAG